AUGAACAACCAGGCUGCGCCGAAGCAACGCGUCGGAAUGCCCCUUUCACGGAAGCUCUCGGCCAUACUGGGCCUAUCGGCCAGCGUCGGCGUCCUGCUGAGCUCGAUCCUGGCUUUGGGCUUCAAGAUGGCCUCUUACACCUCGUACAAGAAGGAAACCGAUGGUUCGCCAAGUGGAGACGGGACAAAGAGCAGCCCGAUCAAAGGAUUCAGUGGAUGGAUCAACGUCUAUCCGGAGCAUCUUGUGCCUGUCACCCGCGCGCCGCUUGUGGUCGCUGCGAGCAUCGGAUUGGUGAUAGGUUUGGCCGCGACUUGUCUCAUUGCUUGGUCCUUGGUCAAGAAACGCGCGGUGCCGAUCGCCUUCACCCAUCAAAUUGCCGUCUUGGCCGCCAAUGCCCUUGUAGCUACGAUCACCAUGAUCUACAUGUUGGCCCGGCAUUCUCGCAGCGCCCACUUCGACCCCGAAUACGAGAUGACCACGGCCUCCUAUGACCAUGGGCUUUUCACCCUGGAGGCCUGGGCGUGCGAGAGCCCACAGACGCAGGUUGUCGUGGCAAAGAAGCAGCGGAGAGCGAAGAAUAGCUGGGAAGAUGAUGGAUGGGAAUAUUGA